AAGUCAAACCUUAGAACUAAUUUCUCGAGCGCGCGUCAAACCAAUCAAACCAACAUCAAUCAACAUGUCGUUCAAUUUUGGAAGUACUCCGAGCACUUUUGGCGGGCAAAGUAAACCAUCUUUUGGUGCAUUUGGUUCUACGUCAACUGGAACAUCUGGAUUCUCCUUUGGUAGCACAGCCAAAACAACAGCUCCAACUCUUGGCUUUGGGACUCCAUCGACUGCUACCACCACCAGCUCUGGGUUUGGGUUUGGGAUUAAACCGAUCGGUACAGCUACAACCAGCACUGGAGGGGGCUUUGGCUUUGGAAGCGGUGGGCUUGGAGGGAACACCCAGACAACCAGCAGUGCAUCUGGAUUUAACUUUGGAGCUUCCACAAGUACAGGAGGUUUUGGUGCCAAGCCAGGAGGUUCGUCUCUCUUUGGUGGAGGCGGUUUUGGUCAGACAGCUCCCUCAACAUCUGCCCUCAACUUUGGGUUUGGUCUCAAUACAGGAACAACAACAACAAGUGGGUUAGCGCCUGGUUUUGGUGCUCAGCAGCAGCAGCAACAGCAACAACAACAACAGCAACAAGGCGUUGACAACAACCUAGUUCUCCUUGCAGCUGCUCUCUCGGUACCCAGCAUCUAUGGCGAUGAGAGAGACAACCUCCUUGCCAAAUGGAAUCAACUCCAAGCGUUCUGGGGGACAGGCAGCGGGUUCGUCAAUCAGAACACCACAGUCAACUUCAGCCCAGAUAACCCCUUCUGUAGAUUUAAAGCAGUUGGCUAUAGUGUAAAACCCACAGCAAAGACGAAAGAUGGCCUGGUUGUGUUACACUUCAACAAGAAAGACACAGAAAUCAGAUCUCAGCAGCAACAGAUGGUAGACUCCCUCUACAGAAUCCUGGGCAGUAAGCCCUCUCUGUCAGUGUGCGUGGAGGAUGUCAGACCCCUUCCAAAUGACAAAGCUGAGGUAGUAGUCUACAUCUUGGAACGUCUUCCUACUGGUGCUACUAAACGCAUCCCUUCCACAGAAACCUUUACCUUUUUUAACCAAGCCAGCAACAAGCAGCAGCUGGGUAGUCUAGGAGUAGUUCACAUGCAGCCUAGACAAGCAUUGUCACAGGCUCAAUUAGAACACUACCUUCAGAAUCCUCCACUAGGUUAUGACCCAAGACUAUGGAGGCAAGCUCAGCUUGAUAAUCCAGAUCCUGACAGACUCAUCCCAGUCCCACUUGUUGGAUUUGAUGUCAUUAAGACAAGGUUAGAGUAUCAGCAGCAAGAGACUCAGCAGCAUCAAGCAAGGUUGGAUCUUGUGAACAAAGACUUGGAAAGAUUGCAAGAGCAGCAGAACACAUUGCAGGCCAGAAUAGCAGAGAAUAAGAGGAGGCAUCUGGAAUUGUCCCAUAGGGUUUUACAGGUCAUGGCACAACAGGAGGUUCAGAGAAAACAGGGAGUGUCCAUUCAGUUGGAGGAGGAGCAUCUCAGAACACAGCAUGAGGGACUGAUGGCAGAGUUAAAUGCCCCAACUCAGAUGAAGGCUCGUCUGAAUGAGAUGUUAUCCCAGAUCCGUCUACAGAGCCACCUGCCAUUCAGUCGAAGCAGUGAGCAGUAUUCUAUAGACUCUGAUCUCCAGUAUGAAAUUAGACAGCAUCUGAAGCAGCAGCAGGAAGGCAUCAGUCAUCUGGUUGGUAUCAUCAAAGAGGACUUGGAAGAUUUGAAACUCAUUGAGAGAGGGUUGGAGGAAGCAACCAGUUGAUCACACUUUAUACCAAUGUUGCUGAAUUAUAAUGGACUCUAUAAUGGAUAUCUUGACCACUGAUCUGGGACAGUGCUUGUGUUGUUCACCGGUGGUAUGACACAUGUUCUGUUGUCUCUGAAGCAGAUCAAGCCUAAGCCUAGAAAGGGCUCUAUCAACAUUUUCUGGACUACUCGAAACAACCCAUACGCUGCUAUAUGCUAUGUACUAACCCUGCACUCAGUCUACCAGAAUAUCAAGAAACUUUGUGAAUUUAGCAGGGCUUAGUGUGAACACACGCUUAUGAUUAGGUGUCAUGUCAAUAUAAUUCUUCAAAAUUAGUUUCUUUAUCCAACAAUUAUCCAUAUGAUGUAUUUUUUUACUAGUUUGUGCGCUCCUUUUGCUAUACCAUGAUUCUUUAUCCUACAUUUGUUUACAACUUUUUACAAAUUUGCUGUUCCGUAGUCUGAAGAGGCUGUAUAGCUCCUCAGCAGGACUGUUGUUUACCCAUGGUCCAAGUUGACUGAAUUCAAGCCUUGCAGCAUCCCAAGUGGUCGUUUGGAUCGAUAUAUUACCCCUGUUCGUGGGUUGCAUUCAUAUACGCCCUUUGAUUAUUUCAUGAAGUCACUCGCCCUUUGAAAAGUGUAUGCCCAAAUUUUGGAAUUGUGGAAAAUUACGGUUUCCCAAUCAUUGAAAAAACUGGAACAUCAUAAGGAAAAAAAUCUUGUGGUAAGGGAUAGAAAGUUAUGGCAAAAAAUGUCUCCCAAAGUCAUGGAAAUUCUUAGGGGAGGUCGAGGUCAUCACAAACAUGAAAUAAUCAUAAUGUGCUACUCUAACCAAUAUGUAAUAUCUGGUCAUGGAAUUUGGUUCUCGGAUUUCUGUGGGAACACUGAAUUCUACUAGUACUGCCCAUCCCAAUGGAAACAUGACUAUACCUCAUUGUCCGGCAAUUUAUACGCUUAAGUGCUUACUCCUGACGACGGAUAGUCAACCUGUUUGAAACGUCGAGCCACUCCCGCCACUCAUCCUCAGCGCUUGAGGAGUCCUUUUCAGGACUCCUCAAUCCUCUCUCUCUCUCUCUCACAUGGUGCACCAGCAAGCCUACUGUAUAAGUGCUUACUAUUGUGUAGACCAGGUUGCAGGCAAGUGUCAUGGUGUCUUUUGUAUGAACACUAUACUAGUGCAUUAUUCACUUUUGACUACCCUCUGUGUACUCGUAGGCACCAAUACUAAGCAGUGGAGUGCCAUAGUUCAUUUUUUAGGAUUCCCUCGUUAGAUCAUGAUACUGAAAGCUGUUUUUUGCUAUG